AGCAGCCCCAGAGAAGAAAGAAAGAAACAUUAGGUAGCCAUGCGGUGCUCUGCCCUCUCACUCCACCGCCCUUCUGCGUGGCAGCCAUCUGGCCUCCGUCUCCGCCCCCGCCCCCGCCCCCACCUCACUCUUUUCCGCCCGCCGCCGAUAUCCGCCGUGGCACCCUCACCAGUACCGAGGCUCACCCACUCGCUGCCGCCGGAAAAGGCAGAGGUCUUCAAGUCCCUGGAGGGCUGGGCUACCCAAUUUGUCCUCCCCCUCCUCAAGCCCGUGGAGCAGUGCUGGCAGCCCCAGGACUUCUUGCCCGACCCGGCAUUGCCCUCCGACGAGUUUGCCGACGCGGUUUGGGAACUCCGCGACCGGACCUCCGGCCUUCCGGACGAGUACUUCGUGGUGCUGGUCGGCGACAUGAUCACUGAGGAUGCUCUGCCCACUUACCAGACCAUGAUCAACACGCUCGACGGGGUCCGAGAUGAAAGCGGGGCGAGCCAGUGCCCGUGGGCCGUCUGGACCCGCUCCUGGACCGCCGAGGAGAACCGCCACGGCGACCUGCUCCGAUCCUACCUCUACCUCUCGGGUCGGGUCGAUAUGUUGAUGGUUGAGCGGACUGUCCAGUACUUGAUCGGAGCCGGCAUGGAUCCGGGGACAGAGAACAAUCCGUACUUGGGCUUCGUGUACACGUCAUUCCAAGAGCGAGCCACAUUCAUCUCGCACGGCAACACGGCUCGGCUAGCCAUGGAGGGCGGUGAUCCGGUGCUGGGGCGCAUAUGCGGGACCAUCGCGUCGGAUGAGAGGCGCCACGAGAUCGCCUACUCGCGGAUCGUGGAGAAGCUUCUGGAGGUGGACCCCAGCUGCGCCAUGCUGGCUAUCGCCGACAUGAUGAGGAAGAAGAUCACCAUGCCGGCGCAUCUCAUGUACGACGGCCGGGACCCUCACCUCUUCGACCACUUCGCGGCCGUGGCGCAGAGGACGGGGGUCUACACCGCCGACGAUUACGCGGACAUCCUGGAGUUUUUGGUCGGACGGUGGGGAUUGGAGAAGAGGGAGGGGCUGACGGCGGAGGCGAGGAGCGCACAGGAGUUCGUGUGUGGGUUGGCCCCCAGGAUUAGGCGGCUGCAGGAGCGAGCCGAUGAGCGGGCAAGAAAGAUGGGUCCGCGUGGGGUCGGGUUCAGUUGGAUCUUCAACAAGGAAGUGGCACUGCUUUGAGAAUAUAAAAUGAAUCAGGGACUAGAGUGUCUUUUGGCUUUUCUUCUUGUUCUUGUGUUUUUUAAUUCCUUCUUGUCUAGUUUCGGUUUGUACUUAAAAAAAGUAUUUAUUUAUUUAUUUAUUUUUGUC